GGUUACAAGGAGUGGGCGCGCACGUUUCCAUGGCCGGGGCUCGCGUCCACUUCUGGGCUGUUUGCGUGCUGCGGGUGGCGCUGGCCACCGUCUACUUCCAGGAGGAAUUUCUAGACGGAGAACGCUGGCGCAACCGAUGGGUGCAGUCCACCAAUAAUUCCCAAUUUGGGCAUUUUAGACUCUCGUCGGGGAAGUUUUAUGGUCAUAAAGAGAAAGACAAAGGUCUGCAGACCACUCAGAAUGGCCGCUACUACGCCAUCUCUGCCCGCUUCAAGCCCUUCAGCAACAAAGGGCGGACCCUGGUCAUUCAGUACACGGUGAAACACGAGCAGAAGAUGGACUGCGGCGGGGGCUACGUGAAGAUCUUCCCAGCAGACGUGGACCAGAAGAACCUGAACGGAAAGUCCCAGUACUAUAUUAUGUUUGGACCCGAUAUUUGUGGAUUUGAUAUUAAGAAAGUUCAUGUCAUUUUAUAUUUCAAGAAUCAGUAUCACGCAAACAAGAAGUCAAUCAGAUGCAAGGUGGACGGCUUCACACACCUCUACGCCCUGGUUUUAAGACCAGAUCUCUCGUAUGAAGUGAAAAUCGACGGCCAAGCGAUUGAGGCGGGAAGCAUCGAGUACGACUGGAAUUUGACGUCACUGAAGAAGAUGGCGAAGUCCUCGGCAGAGCCCGAAGACUGGAGUCAGGUCAAAGAGGAAAAGGCCCAGGACUGGGAGAAGCAUUUUCUGGAUGCUGGCGCCAGUGAACCGAGCGACUGGAACAGUGAGCUGGAUGGGGACUGGCAGGCGCCGAUGCUCCAGAAGCCACCCUACCAGGAUGGCCUGAAGCCAGAGGGCAUCGACAAGCACGUUUGGCUGUACCAGAAGAUGAGGGGCACCAGCUCCCUGAUGGAGUACGACCUCUCGGAGUUUGAGAACAUUGGCGCCAUCGGACUGGAGCUCUGGCAGGUGAGGUCCGGCACCAUCUUUGACAACUUCCUGAUCACAGAUGAUGAAGAGUACGCUGAGAAUUUUGGCAAGGCCACCUGGGGCGAAACCAAGGGACCAGAGAGGGAGAUGGAUGCCAUUCAGGCCAAGGAGGAAGUGAAGAAGGCUCGGGAGGAAGACGAGGAGGAACUCCUGGCAGGAAGGUUUCAAGGGCGUGAGAGUCACUUCAGUCGAUUCCACCAGCAGCACAAUGAGCUCUGACCAGUCGCCCGCCUCGUAGGUAAAGGUGCCUGGUAAACAAACAAAAAGAUCCCUUGUUCCUGCUUGGACACAUUUAAAGGUUCAAAUGUCUGCAUAGUCAUCUGUCUUAAUUUUCUUUGAAAUUUCGUCCCCUGCUUCUCGGUGAGGUUGGUCAGGUUUUCCCCAGUGACACCCACCCUUUAACUUCUUUGGGUUGUAACUCAGUAAUGACGGAAGGGAAACUCUUCCAGCUGUGAAGCCUCUGGGCCGCGUCAUUGGCAUUGUGCGAAGAUUUCCAGGGCCCUGAGCGGAUCGUUGGUUGUUCAGGGAGCACAGGCCUCUGCGCAGGCAUCUGAUGUGCGACAAGGUGACACCCAGCUGCUGUGAUGCCAGCAGCCUUGUUGGACCGAGCCCCAGCUCCCUGCUCCUGCUCCUGCUCCUGGUGAUGACCCGAUGCCCGGGACUAAGCUGGCUGAAGUCAGGAGCCAGGAGCUCAUUCUGAGUCUCCCACGCGGGUGACAGGAGCCCAGCUACUGAGCUGCCAUCGCUGCCUCCCAGGGCCUAGGUUAGCAAGAAGCUGGAGCCAGGAGCCAGAGCUAGGAUCGAACCCAGGCAUCCCCACGCGUGAUGUGGGUGUCCUACCCCCCUGGACUAAGCGGCCAGCCUCCCUGGUCUUUUUAGUAUAUGUGCUGCUGAAGCGAACACCUCCCUGGUCUUUUUGAAGAAACCACUUUCAUGCCCAAAUUUGUGUUGGAAACCAUCAGAUUUAACAACAACAGAAAUAUAGGGUCCAGCACUGUUAGAAGUCAGGUGAAUAAAUCAGAAUUUAUCUAAAUUACACUACAAACUAAAAGAGAUGAGGGACUCGAAGUGCCCACCCAGGAAGUAAAGUUCUAGCCAGUUCUGUCCUCGCGUUGGUGGAAGCUGGCCGACCAUUCAUCAGCGGCCUGACUGCCGGGAGCAACUGGAGACUCUGUCCUGAGGCUGGCACGCGGCACAGCGGGUUAGACUGCUGCUGGCACACCUGGCAAGCGUCCGUGUCAGAGUGCUGGUUUCAGACCUGGCUGCUCUGCCUCUGCUCCAGCUCCCGGCUGCUCCACUUCCAACCCGGCUUCCCUGCUAAUGCGCCCGGGAGACAGCAGGGGAUGGCCCACGUGGGAGACCCGGAUGGAGCUCCAGGCUCCUGGCUUCAGCCUGGCCCAGUCCUGGCCGUUGCAGGCAUUCAGGGAGUGCACCAGCAGAUUGAAACUCUCUGUCUG